CCGUUAUUAUCUCUGAUCCCUUUAACAUGUCGGUCUGUAGUUUGGCUUCUAUUAAACCACCGGUGACACUUAUGGCGGAGUUUUUACUGUUUUUCCUCCAUCGGGCUUAAACACCACAGCUCCUCUGAUGGACCCGGGCUCAGCGCGACGUGUUACACCGGCACAAAGUUCUUUUAGGCUCCUGGGUCGGUUUUUGCUAGUAAACGUUAGAUUAGCUAACUCGGCUAGCAUGUGCUAACCUCGGCUGAUAAAGUGAAGUGUCGUUGACUGUCCGGUUCACACACUUCAUCCUCUUCUUCUCACCAUGUGUUGAUUUUGACCCAGAGUUUUCUUUCUUUCUUCUCCUCCAUCUACUCGAGUGCUGGUUGUUUAAUUAAACCCUGCGCUGGUGGACGGGGGUCUGUUAGCUUCAUGCUAACGGUUUCAGCUGCUGCUGUGAGUUCUGCUCGCUUCGCCUCAGACACUUAGCUUUCCUGCCCUGCGGACAUGAUGGAUUUCGACAACAUAUUGGACAUCGCUUCGCAAAACCAGGGACUCAGCAACGUCCAGCAGAAGAGAUACAGUUUGCAAGCUGGACCACCGAAAAAGGACCCGAAGUCGAGAGGCGUAAACCCCGCUGCUGUGCAGGCGCUUCUGAAGAAGCAGCAAAUUGAUACCAAGAAGAAAGAAAUUCAAAUGAAGAAGGAGAAGGAGAAACUAAACGCCAAGAGGGUUGAGUUGAAGUCGGACCGCAAAGCAAGAGCGAUGGCUUCCAGAACUAAGGACAAUUUUAAAGGCUACAAUGGCAUCCCGAUGGUUGAGUUGCCAAAGAAACGGAGAUCCAAACACGAUAUGGAGGAUGAAAAAUCAAUGGAUGGACAAGGAUUUAGGAAUGACUCAGUUGACCCAGAGGACGAUGAGGAUAACUAUGAGUAUGAACAGACGGAUUCAGAGCCAGAGCCUGAGCCGGAGCCGCUGAGACCAGUGAAACCCACAGCUGUGAGUCGGGGUAGCAGUGGUAGUAGUAGCAGCAGCAGCAAGUCCUCCUUGAAAAAACCCAAGUCUGCUCCACCUCCAUUGAACUUUGCAGACUUACUCAAGUUGGCAGAGAAGAAGCAGUUUGAGCCAGUUGAUCUAAAACCUAAGGCAUCGAAAAAAGAAGAGCGGCUACGCACAGCUGAAGAGAUAAGGGAACUAGAGAUGGAGCGCAAGGCCAAGAGACCGGAGAAAAACAGGGACUCAAAAGGUGAGAGAGAGAGAGACGGCAAGUCUCAAUCUGGCUCCAGUUCAACAAGGACAAGUACUUUAGAGAAGGAGCAGAAGAACUGCAAACCACAAAAGAACUCAUUAGAAAAACAAAGUCUGCCCUGUGGGUCAGGGAAGAAGUUGCAAAGCGACAGAGGCCACUCGUCUUCUAAGUCCUCUGUUAGAGACAGAGAGAGAGACAGACCCAAAACAUCCCACAGUGAUAGAGACAGAUCCAAGACUAGUUUGAGUUCAUCUGGUGCCACAAACACUAAAGUUGUUUCAAAAACUUCCUCUCAGGGUUUAACCAAACAAGGGCCCCCCAAGCCCACAUCUAGCCACAAAUCCAGCAUCUCAAGUGACCUUAGAAAAGAAAGCACGUCAUCACUUCAAGGAAGAGCUUCAGGUAUUCCAGGGACCAGACCUUCUGGUACAGCUUUAACAGGCCUAAAAUCUCAACAAGGGUCCUCCCAGCAGAACAGGCCCAGUCAGGGUAGCUCCAUGAAGCAGGGGGCCGCAGUUGGAGGCCACAGGUCCGGAAAGGGAGAACCUAUAAAGACUGGAAUUAAUUCUGCAGUAAAAUCAAACGGUAAUUCAGUGAUGAGGAAUUCAUCGGGCGGCCCUCCUAAGGCAGGGAGCCAACCUCAGCAAAGGCCUGGAGGCACAUUCCAGACAAAAGGUGGUGCUCCACAAGCCAGGCCUGGUGGUAGUGGUGUGCUGGGUCACCCUGGAGGUAAUGCAUACCGACCUCCGGGGCCUGGAAGCGGUCGACCUGGUAGUGGGGGACCAGUACCUGGACGCUCGACAGGUAUGAUGGGAUCAGGACCUGGGAGACCAAAGUGCACUGUGGUGUCGGAGACCAUUUCAUCCAAGAAUUUUGGUGGACCCAGACCAGGAGUCCCUCCUCGGCCAGGCAUGCCACAGAGACCCGGCAUGCAGCCCAGACCUAUGAUGAACAGACCUAUGAUGAACAGACCACCAGGUACCAUGUUGCCACCUAUCACAUCUGCCUAUAAGAGAAAAUACGAAGAUGAGGAAGACGAGUACGACUCAGAAAUGGACGAUUUUAUUGAUGACGAAGGCAACGAACCAGAGGAAAUUUCCAGGCACAUAAAGGAGAUUUUUGGAUAUGAUCGAAACAAAUACAAGGAUGAGAGUGACUAUGCCCUUAAAUUUAUGGAGAGCAGCUGGAAAGAUAUGCAGAAAGAAGAGGCCAGGAGCCUGAAAAUGGCUGUGUUAGAAGAUCUGGAGGAGGAGAAAAAAGAACAAGAGGAGCUGAAAAGGAAAAACACGAAGAGACCAAAAAAGAACUGAAGUCCUUGAAUAAAUGAAUUAUUAAAAGAAGCCUGUGUAUCUGGAAACAUGGAGCAAUAGGUCUGCCAUCUUAACUCAUCAAGCCUUGAGAUUGUUUACACCCUGGCGUCCAUUGCUUUAUGUCUGGUUUUCUCUUGUUUGGACAAAAACCUGAGUGACAUUGCCUCCAGAGGAAAAGAGAAAAAUUGUAUGUAUAGACAACCUGACAGGCUGAAGGUCGGGAGGUCCUACGCACAAAUCAGUCAACCAUUAGGUUGUUGGGAUAUCAUGAAAAGUUCUCAAAUGUUUCCCUGUUGCAUUAUUUAUUAAGCAGGGUUCAUUCCUAAAAGGAUCUAAGCUGCAAAGAGAAGAAUUGAUAUGGAAGUGUGUGAUCUUUGUUUUUCUAAAAGACUAACGAUGGCAUUGAAUGCCAAGCGGUGUUGAUUUGCUAUUUUUGAGCAAAAAGACGUUGCAUAUUUUUCCAGGUUAACUUUGAUGGUAAAGUCAAUUUGAAUAUGCAGAAAACCACUGAACGUGUUUGUUUCUCUUUAAAAGGAUUUGAUCACGAGGAAA